AUGAGCCAGGGCUCCCCAUCCCGGACAGCCUGGCCCCCGCGCCGCGCCAAGGGGUCGGGCCGCCCCCAUCACCUUCUCUGCAUCCUCUGCAUCCUCUCGGCGCUGGCCGGGCGCCUGCCCCCUGCCACGGCCCAAUGGUUUAACCUGGGCAUGGAGGACACCACACCAGACCCGGGCACCAGCCCCACGGCCCCCGGGGUGCCCACCCUGGACUACGAGGAAGAUGGAAAUACUGGUGGCAUGGAGGCACCCAGGAAGGUGCUGCUGAGCAAACCCCCACUGGCAGCAGCCCCCAGACGCCGGGAGCCCCUCAGCAGGGCAGCAGCAAAGACCCCAGGCCCUGCCCCACCACGCACACGAGUCCAGCCACACCGACCCAUGGCUGCCCCAAGGAUCUUCGAGGGGAGUGCAGAUGAAGAGGAGUUCCUGCAGAUCAAGACGACAGAGAAGGGGCUGCCCCAGCGUGUGCCCCCAGAGACGGACCCAGCGCUUCAGAUGUACAAUGGCUCCAGCUGCGUCUGCCCUGUGCGCUCCGGACCCCCUGGCCCUCCCGGCCCUAAGGGAGAGAAAGGUGACCGAGGGUCCCCAGGAGAGAAAGGCCAGCCCGGAUUCUCUGGGGAGAGAGGGAAGACCGGCAACCCAGGACAGCCAGGACACCAAGGUCCUCAGGGCCCCCCAGGUCCUCCAGGACCACCAGGGCCCCCAGGACCACCUGGCACCUUGGGAGCCAGGAGCCCAUACAUGCCUGCCUCCCUCCCCAGGGGAUUGGAGAAUGAGUUGGGAGCAUCCAGCCCUGCAGGGACCCAAGGACCCCCAGGGCCCCCUGGCCUGCCAGGCCUGCCAGGACCCCCUGGAUACCCAGGCCACGAAGGGCCUUCAGGGGUCCCUGGGGUGAGAAGGGUGAACACGGACUGCCAGGCAUGCCAGGGAGCCCUGGCCGUGCUGGAGAGACGGGAUCCCCUGGCAUGCCUGGUCCCAUGGGACCACCAGGGCCACCAGGGGACUACAGGUGUGACUCACGCCACGCAGGGCACCAGGGAUCGGCCGGGCCACCCGGCCCCAAGGGAGAAAAGGGCGACCCCGGAGAACGGGUUUGUCACUGUGGGCACAGGGGGGUGCUGCUAUGGGGAACACGGAUGCAAACCAGGCCACCUCCCUUUCCCUGGCACCAGCAGCCAGUCUGGCUCCUGGGUGCCCAUCAGUGGCUACCAAACAGGUCUCCGAGGUCCCCCUGGGAACCCUGGCCCCCCCGGGCCCCCUGGCCCCCCCGGAGCACCAGGUUUCCUCUACUUCAAUAGGGUUCACCCGCUCCAUGCCCAGCCGCCCUGCAGGCAGCCGGCAGCUUCUGAGGCAGGCUGGGCAGCAGAUGCUGACAUCCCUCGGAUGGAGCCCCUGGACUCCCACACGGAUCCUCAGGUGUGUCCUGGCUGGUGCUGCUGGUGA